AUGAGAGUGCAUACUGGUGAGCAACCAUACCAAUGUGGAGAAUGCAACAAGCGUUUUACCCAGAAAGGCCACCUGAAAACACACAUGAGAGUGCAUACUGGUGAGCCAGCAUACCAAUGUAAAGAAUGCAACAAGCGUUUUACCCAGAAAGGCCACCUGAAAACACACGUGAGAGUGCAUACUGGUGAGCGGCCAUGCCAAUGUAAACAAUGCAACAAGCGUUUUACCCAGAAUAGCACUCUGAAAAGACACAUGAGAGUGCAUAUUGGUCAGCCAGCAUACCAAUGCAAAGAAUGCAAAAAGCGUUUUACUCUUAAAUGCAAUCUGAAAACACACAUGAAAGUGCAUAGUGGUGAGAAACCAUACCAAUGUAAACAAUGUCACAACUAUUUUACCCAGAAAGGCCACCUGAAAACCCACAUGAGGGUGCAUACUGGUGAGCGGCCAUACCAAUGUAAACAAUGCAACGAGCGUUUUACCCAGAGAAGUCACCUGACAGUACACAUGAGAGUGCAUACUGGUGAGAGGCCAUAUCAAUGUAAACAGUGCAACGAGCAUUUUACCCAGAGUAGUCACCUGACAGUACACACGAGGGUGCACACUGGCCACCUGAAAACACACAUGAGAGUGCAUACUGGUGAACCAUUAUACCAAUGUAAACAAUGCAACAAGCGUUUUAUCCAAAAUAGUUACAUGAUAGCACACAUGAGGGUGCAUACUGGUGAGCGGCCAUACCAAUGUAAACAAUGCAACAAGUGUUUUACCCAGAAAGGCCACCUGAAAACACACAUGAGAGUGCAUACUGGUGAACCAUUAUACCAAUCAAAGGUUACUCUAGCAAAGAGGUUCACUGCCAUGAAAAAAGGGAAAGGUGCUUGCUCGUUGUACCACCCUUUCAAGAUGGGUUCUGGAGAUGAUUUUGCAAACUCAAAUGCAACAUUGGUGUUGGUUAUCACAGAUUGA